GUAACACUUUUUUUUAAACACCCAAACGUUUAAUGUGAUAAGCAUCGUCAAUCUAUUUCAACUUCUAAAAGCUUUACUUGCAUCCCAUCUACAUUGAUUCUAUUGAUUAUUCUGCUAUUACAGAAUCUGUAUCACUUCUACUUCUACAACUGCAACUACACCUAGUGAGACAACUAGUACAACAGAUCAGAAAUGAACUUACCUCCCAGCUCACCAGUUGAUAACAACUACCUUAUACCGAGUAGUCCAAUGUCUACUACAUCACCAUUGCAUUCGCAAUUACAAUCACAAUCACAAAUAAGGCAAACAACUAUACAUUCACCUAAGAUGUUAUCAUCAUCAUCUCCAACCGGGUCGAAAUCACCAACUUCUGGUCCAUCAAAUGUUUUAGAUGAUAUUCAUAAUAAUCAGCAAAGACGUCGUAAUCAAUUAUAUAAACCAUUUUCAUCAUCUUCAUCGCCGAUGGAAGUGGGGAGUUAUUCAGCAUAUUCACCUCAUAAUCAACAAUAUCAUUUGAUUUCCCCUUUACGAACCAAACAUCAUCAACAACAGCAACCUCAUCAUUUAAGAGCCAAUAUGAGAAAUAAACAUAAUAAAAUGAAAUUCAUUCGUGAUCAAUAUAUUCAGGAUAAAUUAGAAUUACAGAGAGAUAAAUAUCAUGAAUUCCAAUUCCGAGAUGACUUGAAUCGUGAAUAUGAACAAGAAUAUCAUCAAGUGACCCAAGGUCUUGAUCUUGAUACGUUAUUGAAUGAUGAAGAAGAAGAACAGAAAUAUGUAAAGCCUGAUCGUUUGGUUAAUGUUCAGAUUCAAAAUGGAUUUGAAGAUGAGGAUUAUGAAGCUUAUAUUGCUGAUUAUGAGAAUGAUUUAGAAGAUUAUGGGAUCCAACAAGAUUUAGAGAUUGUGGAUAUGUUAAAGGAGAUGGAUUUAAGUAGCAAUCAUCCCCAUUAGUGGUUUUAUUUCGAAUAAGACUAUCGUAAAAUAGAAAUGAAAAGUUCAGUUUUUGGUAUAGUUAAAAAGAGAUCAUUGAAUCUGAUGUGAUUCAAUGAUCUAUAUAUUCAGUUUAUUUUUGGUCUAGGUUUUUUAAAGGUUGGUUUUGCUUGGUUUAGAGUUUCUUCG